ACUCAGAAGACGGUUGAGUGUAGGCUGAUAGCUAAAGAUUAGGAUUAGACUACAAACAAACUGUGUUUAUGUAUAAAAAAUCUAAACCGGAAUACAUAUCACAUUUAAGUUUAAUAUAUGUUGCAGGGGACAUAAAAUAUUCCUUAAACCAAGUGUAUUAAAAUUGUAUCUCAAUCCUAGUACAGUAAUAAUAGUUUGUUAGAAAUUUGUACUUUGUGAUCUCCAGUUGUUGUUACACCACGAAACCCAAACGUUUAGGCUAAGUAUUAAAAUGAAUUUACAAUUUAAAUUGUUGGUCACUGAAUACAUUUAUUAUUUUAUGGCUUUACACAGACCGGCAUUAUCCAGCUAAAGGUUCUGAACAAUGCAACAAAUUCUCUGGGGUAAAUUAGUUUUGGUUUUAGUUGCUAUAGUAGCUGUUCUCCAAGUUGUUCAUUUAGUGCUUCUUAGUCGACUAGAAGCUAGGCAUCAUAUGCACCACCAUAUUCAUAGAACUGCAGCUAAUCAAGGAGAUUCUUCUGAUUCACAAAUAACUGAAGUGGAUGCAGUAUUUGGCACACUAGUUCGUACUGUAGAGCAAGGUCGAGUGUUAGACUCAAGUGGAGAGUUCCAGAUAGUCCCUUCGAUAGCAGCUGCUACCAAACAACCACACCCUCGAGGACUGAUAGCGUCAACUCCAGAUAUAAGCAUCGUCACUCAAUGUUCAUUCAACCAUGUUUACCGCCUCAUAGCCCUAACUCAAAGAUGGCAGGGUCCAAUAUCAGUGGCUGUAUUUGCAGAAGAUCAUCAAGUGUCAGAAGCAUUAUGGAAGGUGGCUGAACUAAGAGCUUGCUUGCCAGGAAUCAGGCACAAUGUGACAUUUGCGUUAGUGUCACCUCUGCCAGCAAAAAGCUCUCCACCCCUGUCCAUGCCCUCUCCCCCUCCACCCCACCCUUGCAGUCUCAAGCACGACUUGGACACCACUACCACCAACUAUGCCACCACUCACAACUAUCCUGUCAAUCUCUUGCGGAAUGUGGCACGUCGAGGCACAGCAUCAGAGUUUGUAUUGGUUGUUGAUAUUGACAUGUUGCCUAAUGAAAAUCUACGCCAGGACUUCUUUGCAUUUGCGUCUCAGCGAGGACUGUUUCGCAAGAGGGAACAUGACGAGAAAAAUGUUUUUGUGGUACCUGCAUUUGAGGCAAAAGAGGAAACUCCUGUGCCACGACACAAAGCAGAAUUGCUCAAACUCGUAGAUUCUGGAGAUAUGCGGCCGUUUUAUGUACAGCUAUGUCUUAAAUGUCAGGUGCAUACAGACUAUGAGUCGUGGCAAAAGGAACCUCCUGCUGCAGAACUUGCUCCACUGUUUGAGGUCUUGUGGAAAGAUCCCUGGGAACCAUUCUAUAUUGCCCGGAAUACAAUACCAUUUUAUGAUGAACGUUUCAAGCAGUAUGGUUUCAACAGAAUAAGCCAGGUAUGUGAACUCCAUGUCGCGGGCUACAAGUUUUCAGUACUCAACAACGCAUUUCUUGUCCAUCAAGGUGUCAAGACUCAUUCAUCUUUCCAUGCAGAUAAGGAUGCAGAGCUAGAAAGAAAUCGUAUGCUGUUUCGGCAAUUCAAAAUGGAGUUAAAAUCUAAGUACCCUGAAUCCUCAAGACGAUGUUAUUAAUUAGUUUAAAUUAUAUCUUUUGAGGUAAUGAAAUAAAAGAUUGAAAUAGAAACAUCUGUUAGGAAUCCAGUGUCAGGGUAGAACAACAAACUCUUUGUGAUUCAUUUAUUUAAAUAGUGCAUUUAAAGAUGAAAUCUUAAAAUUGAGUGUAAAAAAGAUUCACGUAGAGAAAUGAUAUAUUCUCUAAUAUUAAAAAAAACGUACAAAAUUGAUGUGAUCAAGAAAAUUUACAGCUCAAGAUGUAAUAGUGUAAUUGUGUUACAAAAAGGUUUACUAUAACAGAAUUGCAUUUUCUUUUAUUGUCAAGCCCCAAGUUACUGCUUAAAGCCCACUCUUUUGAGCUAAUUUAUUUCUAAUAAUGUUUUGAUAAUAAUUAUAAAAUCUAAAAUGGGAUUUUAUAUUUAUAAUUAAUUCUUCUACAAGAUAAAUUAAAUUCUUCGUUUAUUAUUUAUUAGGUUAAGUAUAAUUCUUUAUGAUUUGAUUCUUAUCUUAUCAUCCAUGACUCUUCAGUUCUCUAUAUAAAUCAUAGAACAGUUUUUUAAAAUGAACCAAGCACAAAUAAGUAUGUAAUUAUUAUAGAAACCAGUAUUUUUAUGAUUUCUCAUUAAUUAAGACUGAUUAAGUUUUAUUUGUGUUCCCAUGUAAUUUUUAGUUGUAAAUUAUUUAUUAGAAGAUUAAUAUUUUAAGAAUAUAAAUUAUUAUAUAUUUUCCAUGGCAUCUGUGUAUGAAUUUUAACCUAUUUUUUAUUGUAAUUUAGAUUUACAUUUAUGAUUUUUUAUUUACUCUUCAUAGUACCUCCUGUCCAAUCAAUAAGUUUAUUUUAUAAAUAUAAUUAAUAAGUUGGAUUUUACUGGUAAAUUACAAUAUUUGAAAAAGAUAGAAAUGAUCGAUUUUAUGAGCAAAACAUGAGACUACUUGAUUAGUCAUGGUUUCAUUGUCGUUAAAAUUGUUGGAGCUAUGUGGCAAAUAAUAUUUCACAAUUACAUUGUUAUUUGUAACUAUCUAGCAUAUUAUCUCCAUGGCUAAGUGGUUACAAUGUAAUAUUGUCAUCAAUUUAUCUUCAUUAAUGUUCAAUAACUACCAAAUCACUAAGCUAAUGUAUUAACUUGGUCUGUCCGAAUUAUUGAGCAUCCGAGUGUACAGAUUUGUUAGUCAAAUAAUAUGUUCACUAUGACCUGUGCAGUGUCCCACUAACUGAUAUAAAAGAUAUCAAGUCAUUGAUGCUUUAUAUGCUUAGCUAUUUUAGUAUUCCCAUUUAUAUUUUGGAUUUAUUUUUGUGUAAAUCAUUUGCUGUCUUAAAAUGACUGAUUGUUUG